CAAUUUUGAUGUUGAAUGAUGGAGAUGAAGUUGUUUAUCCCCCAAGUUCAGGAUCUUUUCUUCAUCAUUUACAUCUAAAAGAAGAAGCAAAAAAGAAAGGUAUUAAGCAUUUUGGUCAUAAACAUUCUUUGACGUUCAAGGAAGAUGUUAGAAAUGGAUUUGAAGAUGAAGAUGUAUUGUGUUGCAAUGGUUGUGGCAUCGAAAUUGAAAGAAGUGGUUUCAGUUGUUGUAAAGAAAGAUGCAGUUUUAAUCUUCACGAAUUUUGUGCAUCUUUACCCAAAGAGAUGAAAGACUAUCCACAACACCCACAACAUCCUUUAAUCCUCUACACACACUCACCUUAUCCUUAUCCCAACUCUGGUUUCCGUUGUGAUGUUUGCAAAGUUUACUACCCAACCGUGACGUCAUUCUGCUAUCACUGCGAGGUUUGUAAUUUUGACGUUGAUCUAAGAUGUGCAUCCAUGUCCUUUCUUGUUUCUUCUCGCACUCUGCACAACCAUGACUUGACCGUUCAGCUAUACCCUGCAUCAUUUUUUUGUUGUUUUUGUAGUGAGAAACAUAGAGAAUUUGGUGUGUCCUAUCAAUGCAAGAUAUGCUGCUUUUGGAUCCACGAACAAUGUUAUUCACUGCCUCAAAGUAUUGAACAUGACAGUCAUCUGCAUCCGCUUAAAUUAUGGCAUAUUGAGGUAGAUUUACCCAAGUGUCUAUGCGGAGUUUGUGAGGAAAAUAUAAACACUAAAUUCGGUUUAUAUGGUUGUGUUAUUUGUAAAUAUGGGGUUCACAUAAAAUGCUCAACUAAGAAAUGGUACAUCUCAUACAACUAUUUUCUUACAAUGUUGUUAGUUUUUAGAUUUUAUUAAAUUAUGUUUUAUAAUCUU